AUGGCUGAUGGAAAAAUAGUGGUAGAAAUAAAUAUUGGAUUGAAAAAUACUUUGGGUAGAAGAAGUCUGAGGCUGGCCAUGGGAGUGAACCCACAUCUCCUUUGUACCUUAACUAACCACAAAGGUAUUCAUACAGGUGAAAAACCCCACAGCUGUAGCAUUUGUGGUAAAUCAUUCUCACUAAGACAUCACUUAACUGAACACAAGAAUAUUCAUUCAGGAGAGAAACCAUAUCAUUGUGAUAUCUGUUAUAAAUCAUUUUAUCAGAUUCGUACCUUAACUAAUCACAAACGUCUUCAUACAGAUGGGAAAACAUAUCACUGUGGUAUCUGUGGAAAUAGCUGA